AAACAUUGAUAUUAGUAAUUGAAGUUAAGAGGAAACAUGUUUUAGGAGAUAUCAAAGAACAAACUUUUCCUGAAUUUUAUCGAACAAGUGAAAAGACAAGAAUGGUAAUCCAACAAAUUUACAACUAUAUUGGAGAAAAUGAACUUAGAUAUGAAUCAAAAUAUCCACCAGUACUCAAGGCAUAUGCUUAUAUAACUCAACAGGCAAAAAAGGAUCAUAAUUCCCCUCACCAACUUCAGAUACUAGUACAAGUUCAUGAGGGUAAUAAUUCAUAUGUUUCUCGAUCACAGUCAAAAUUAUCUUCUAGCCAAUUGGCAAAUCAACAAACAACUUCCAGCACACCAGUGUACCAACAACAAUCACUUCCUCAUCAGCAGAAUUUUAGCUUUGCAGGCUUUAAGUUUAAGAGCAUACUAGGUGAAGGACGAAGUGGAAAAACACUCCCAUGCAAUUUUCAUGGGGAUACAAUUGCUUUGAAGAGUGUAGACUUAUCAAAAGCCCCACCAUAUGUUUUGGAAGAAAUGCAGAAAGAAGUAGAGAUUUAUAAAGACCUUGCUGAUAUCCAAGGCAAGUAUAUCCCAAAGUUGGUGUGCUAUGGAUAUUAUGGAGGAGGGAUGAGUUUUGUUAUUGGCAUGACCAUUGUUGGUACUAUGUUGUUUUAG